ACCACCCUCAGUGAGAUUGUUUGUUGAUAAAUGUAUCUUAAGUUCUGCCUUAAGAUACAGUUAACGCACUUACAAUUUUGUCGUACAUAUUUUUAUUAGCAUCAAAUUAAAAAAGGGGAUUUAAAUUCAGAAUAAUCGUGCACAGACGGAACCCUUAUGGACGAUUAAUUUUGUGUAAUGCAGACAACUGGGUUCAAUUAAACGCUUAACACCAAAACACUUUCUGCUUUAAGAUUCUUUUUGACGUUUAAAUACGCGCCAUUCGUUGCAAAAUUGCCUCGUUGACGUAACGGAAGGUUGCAAUCCUCGCUUCAUUCCUUAAUUCUGAGAUAUCUGCAUGGAGUGGAACACCGGAUAACUUGUGGUUUUUCGGUGACAGCUGAUAAAUAAGCGAUUAAGUGGGCAGCAACCGCAGUUGCUGGGUUGCAGUAUGCAUGACCGCACUUAACACCUCGACGCCAGACCUAAUCUGGCCACGAAGACGCGCUUCAGAAUAGAGGGCUAAGAGAGGGGGGGAAAUACGUGACAUUUGAAUCAUUCAUCCUAUUUACGGCUCACCCAACCAAAUGGAGGCGCUAGGUCAACGCUUAUUUCGCAUCAAUAGGAAAAUGUGCCGAGGUAAUGCCUGAAGAGAUGCUCAGCAUCGAUGCGGGCACCAUCUCCGUUAGUGCAGGAUCAUGUAUUUCACUGCGUCGAUAAGAUGGGCUGUGUAACAUAAUACACAUUCCUAUGUACAGGUUUGCAGUCUUGUAACAAUAGCUAUUUUUGUGAGUUGUUCUUGGGUGCGUAUCUCUCAUUAUCUCGUUAUCAAGCUUGGUAAAUUGGCAAGCCUGCGUUUUCGCUCUAGUAGCGCAGCCUGUACUGUUGAGGUCUGCAUGCUCGCUCCAGCCGUCAGUCUGUUUACGGAGACAAGUUUAGCGAGCUUAGCCAGGAGCUAGUCUGUUUUUAACAUUUGUAAACUGCCAGCGGAGAUUGUACUGACCAGCAAGUCAGCUGAUUCCAAACAAAGCCGUCCUGGCCGAUACAGAAGACAGGACAUUCUCCGGCUGUCAAACUAGAAGGGUUUGGUCCUGAAUGGGAAAAUGAGGGAAAAAACGUUAGCUGGCGAGGUAGUUUGCUAGGGAAAAAUAUUCAAAUGUCGGUGCUAGCAAGCACGUUACUGUCUUGUGCAAGUUCUCAGAAGAAAGACUAUGCGUGUCACUGAUUAACGUCUUUGUUUUAGCUUCAUAAUCGAAUGUUUACUAUUAGCUAGCCGGGGUUAGCUGCCGUGGCUAUCUGGCGUUUCUAGUAGGCUAAGCGAACGGGGCAGGUUGUCUGGGAGUCAAAAAAAAACGGGCCGACAACGAAGAUGGGGUCGGUGUUCCGGAGCGAAGAGAUGUGCAUGGCCCAGCUGUUCCUUCAAUCUGGCUCGGCGUACGACUGCAUCAGUGAACUGGGAGAAAUGGGUCUGGUCGAAUUCCGAGAUCUCAACCCCAGCGUCAGUGCUUUCCAGCGCAAGUUCGUCAGCGAGAUCAAGAGGUGCGAAGAGAUGGAGAGGAUUCUGGGGUACCUCCUGAGGGAGAUCAGGAAAAUGGGGAUCCCUCUGCCGGACGUGGAGGUCAGCCCGGGCGCCCCACUUCCCAAACAGGUCCUGGAGAUAAUGGAGCAGCUGCAGAGGCUGGAGCUGGAGCUGAGCGAGGUCGCCAGGAACAAGGAGAAGCUGCAGAAGAACCUUCUGGAACUGACGGAGUACGACCUCAUGCUGAGGGUCACCCGCGGGUUCAUGCGCCGCAGCGAGCGUGACCAGCUGGGUCCCCGGUACGAGGAGUUCCCCUUCCUGGACAAGGACUCUGUGACUGGCUGCACCAGCAUGCAGCGACUGGGGGCCAAACUGGGGUUCAUCUCCGGCCUCAUCCAGCGUGCCAAGAUGGAGGCGUUCGAGCGCAUGCUGUGGAGAGUGUGCAAAGGCUACACCAUCCUCAGCCACUCUGAGCUGGACGAGUGCGUGCAGGACCCUGACACGGGCGAGCUCACCAAGAGCGUGGUCUUCCUCAUCUCCUUCUGGGGCGAUCAGAUCGGCCAAAAGGUGCAGAAGAUCUGCGACUGUUACCACUGUCACUUGUACCCCCACCCGGACAGCGCAGAGGAGAGGGAGGAGGUGAUGGAGAGUCUAAAGACUCGCACCCAGGACCUGCAAACGGUCCUCCACAGGACAGAGGAGUACCUGAGACAGGUGCUGGACAAGGCCUCGGAGUCCGUCUGCACCUGGGUGAUCCAGGUGAAGAAGAUGAAGGCCAUCUACCACAUCCUCAACCUGUGCAGCUUCGACGUCACCAACAAGUGUCUGAUCGCCGAGGUGUGGUGUCCCGUCAAUGACCUCGCGGCCCUGCGGGGGGCGCUGGAGCAGGGCUCGAGGAAAAGCGGCGCCAACAUCCCUUCUUUCGUAAAUCGUAUCCCUAGCAACGGGACGCCCCCCACUCUACUGAGGACCAACAAGUUCACCUCGGGAUUCCAGAACAUCGUGGACGCCUAUGGUGUGGGCAGCUAUCGGGAGGUCAACCCAGCCCCCUACACCGUGGUCACCUUCCCCUUCCUGUUUGCGGUGAUGUUCGGGGACCUGGGUCACGGCGUCGUCAUGGUGCUGUUUGCGCUCUGGAUGGUUCUCUGUGAGAAGGACCCCAAGGUGAAGCGGAACCGGAACGAGGUCUGGAGGCUGUUUUUUGAGGGCCGCUACAUGAUCCUGAUGAUGGGGCUCUUCUCCAUCUACACGGGACUCAUCUACAACGAGUGCUUCUCCAAACCGCUCAACAUCUUCAGCUCAGGCUGGAGCGUGAGGGCCAUGUUUACAGAGCUGCAGUGGACGAACGAAACUCUUUCCACAAACUCCCUGCUCACCCUUGAUCCCAAUGUCACCGGCGUCUUCAACGGCCCCUACCCGUUCGGUAUUGAUCCGAUUUGGAACAUGGCGUCCAAUCGGCUCACCUUCCUCAACUCCUACAAGAUGAAGAUGUCCGUCAUCCUGGGGGUUCUCCACAUGACCUUCGGGGUCGUCCUGGGCGUCUUCAACCACCUGCACUUCCGGCAGAAGUUUAACCUGUACCUGGUCUUCCUCCCGGAGCUGCUGUUCCUGCUCUGCCUGUUCGGCUACCUGGGCUUCAUGAUCCUGUACAAGUGGCUGGCCUUCUCGGUGCGGGACUCCCGCACGGCACCCAGCGUCCUGGUCCACUUCAUCAACAUGUUCCUGAUGAAGGGGAGCGGCGAGCCCGCCCUGUACCCCGGCCAGAUGGUGGUCCAGGUGCUGCUGCUGAUGAUUGCGCUGCUGUCUGUGCCCGUGCUGCUGUUGGGGAACCCCAUUUACCUGUACUGGCUGCACCACGGGGCCCGGAACCAGGGCUCAUACCGCGGCUAUGAGAGAGUUCAGAGGGGAAGUGUGGAGGAUCUGUCUGUGACCCUGUCCCAGGACAUGGAGGAGGGGGUCAGUCACAGCGACCACUCCACCAACCGGGAAGCUCAGCCAGAGUUUGCUCUGGGGGACGUGCUCCUGCACCAGGCCAUUCACACCAUAGAGUACUGCCUGGGCUGCAUCUCCAACAGCGCCUCCUACCUGCGGCUGUGGGCGCUGAGCCUGGCGCAUGCCCAGCUGUCGGAGGUGCUGUGGGACAUGGUGAUGCGGCUGGGUUUCCGUGGAGACUCGGGCGUGGGGGCGGUGCUCCUGGCUCUGGUGUUCAGCCUGUUCGCCGUCCUCACCGUGUCCAUCCUUCUGCUGAUGGAGGGGCUGUCUGCUUUCCUGCACGCGCUCAGACUGCACUGGGUGGAGUUCCAGAACAAAUUCUACAGUGGGACCGGCAUCAAGUUCAUCCCUUUCUCCUUCUCACUGCUGCAGUCCGGACUGGACCAGGACGUGUUGAUCGGGGAGGUGUGAGGGGAGGAGAGUGGGGGGGG